AUGGACCUACUAACAAUCCUCAGUCACCUGCUGCUUUUGUGUUUUGCUCCGUCUACGGCCACCAGCCUCAUAACAGCGAAUUUAUUUGAAGCCAGAGGUCAGCGUGUGUGUAGGGUUGGAAAGGGGAGGCCGUGCUACAAGCUGGCAUAUUUCUCUGAGCCCCGGCGACGGCUCAACUUUGGGGAGGCAGAGCUGGCGUGCCGACGGGACGGAGGGGAGCUGCUGAGCGUGGAGUCGGAGUCAGAGCAGAAAAUCAUCGAGCAGCUCAUCACCGAGCUCCGCCCGUCUGAUGGAGACUUCUGGAUUGGGCUCCGCCGUAACCAUGGAGACCAGGUCAGCAGCAGUGAAUGCUCAUCACUGUACUACUGGCUGGACGGCAGCAAGUCUACAUUCAGGAACUGGCACUGGGAUGAGCCGUCUUGCGGGUAUGAGGUGUGUGUGGUGAUGUAUCACCAACCCUCUGCCCCCCCUGGCCUGGGUGGGCUCUACAUGUUCCAGUGGAAUGACGACAACUGUGAAACCAAGAACAACUUCAUCUGCAAAUACACUGCAGAGAGGCCUCUGGAUGCCUCUCCUUCUCCCAACUCCACCCAGACAGAUGCCCUACCCACGUCUGUGCUGCCCUGGAAUCCAACAGACAACAACCAGGACAGAAGUACAGCUCUGAAUUUGAUUUAUAUCAUCCUUCCCACCAUACCCCUGCUGCUGCUGUUACUGACCGUCAUUGGCGUUUGUUGCUUCAAACUGCUUGCAACACGAGGGAGGAAACAGCAGAAGUCAGAGGUAUGCCAGACUGACGCGGGCCUCUGCCUCACCCCGACCUCAAAUGAUGUCUACAACGUCAUUCGCGCCCAGAAGGACGACGACCUGGCUGCGACACGCCCUCACACCAAAAACACCUCCUUCUUAUGCUCCUCCCCUGACACACCAACAGGUGACUACGACAACCUGGGGGGUCGGGACACCGAGAGUGGCUUCGUGACUCUCGCCAGCACAGAGAGCUGCUUCCUCAAUUUUGACCUCACUGACCUCAGCCUCGGGCGCCGCGGCACACGCGACUUCGGCGACUCCAGCUCGACUCGCUCGGGGAGAAGGGACUUGUAUGAGAGCAGUCUGGGUCGCAGCGGGCACAGAGAGUUUUACGACAGGAGUCUGGGUCGUCGCACGACAAAGAGCGAGCACUUUGGCUGCAGCGGCUAUGGGGAGCGGAUGUAUGAGGGUGAUCUGGGAGCAAGGAGUGACCUCUUUGAUCCCAGACUGGGAUCCCAGACAGUGAAGGCCAGCCUCUAUCAGACAUACAUCACCAACGGCAAAGAAGACACUUACCAGACCAGCCUGGGGCCUUACGGAAAUCGCAAAUCCUACCAAGCAAACGUGGAUUGUUACAGAAAUGAUCUGGGUCUUGACGGUAGCAGGAGAUACUUCAAUGAACAAGACUGGGUUAGCAGAGAAAACUACUGAUCCAUCAGAUCCAGUAUUGUGUGUCCAGUUGUGUAUGUUGUGAUUGUGGCUGGUGACAAAAGGGAGAAAAGAGUUUCUUUAGAUCAACUGAACAAAAAGUGGAUAGUGCUGUUAAAAAGUUAAGAGGAAAUACAGUUUAAAAAAAAAAAAAAAAAAAGGCCUAUAGA